ACUGGGCUUGCUUUCUCUACUGCCAUGAAUGUGCUUGUUUGUUCUGGAGCAGAUGCUCAGAUUUUCACAUGGAAACUUGACGGAUGGGGGAAAUGUAAAAGCAAACUCUUGCAGUUCCCCGAUGAGAGAAUCCCAGUAAUGGGUUCGAAUACCAUUGUCCAGUUUCAUCAGGAUCAAGUACACUUCCUCGUUGUGCAUGAGACUCAGCUUUCAAUUUAUGAAGCCAAAGAACUAGAAUGUGUACACCAGUGGGUUCCUGAAGAUUCUACAAGAAUCUCGCAAGCAACAUUCGCAUACGAUAGUCAGAUGGUGUAUGCCUGGUUUGUAGAUGGGAAAGUGGCGAUAUUUGGUGCUUCAUAUCUUGAAUUAAAAUGCCAGAUCCUUCCCGCUUCGUAUGUUCCUCCCAGUGCAAGAUCAAAUGCGUAUCCCCAUGCCAUAGCUGCACAUCCGCAGAAACCAACCCAAUUUGCAUAGGGAUUGACAGAUGGCGCAAUCAUGGUUUUAGAGCCUCAUAAACCUAGUAUUUCGUGGUACCUGCCUGGCUGAAUAUGAGUCUGCAACUGCAAGCAGCUGCUUGGUCAUAGAUUAUUAAAACUAAAAGUGAAAUAUCUUACACAUUAUAUGUCUUAGAUUUGACAAUCUCCAUACAUAUUUGUGAAUAUUUGUCCGUCUUA